GAGCGGAGGAGCGCAGCAUUACGCAGAGCAUGUAACUGAAACUACAUCUCAUCACUGCGCUGCUGAAGUUUUUACAUCUGAACAGACUUUUUCGUGUUCUCUGAGAGAACACAUUUAGAACAUUUAGAGCUGCUUUUUGACAUUCCACUAGUUUUAAGCUAAAUGACAAGUAGGCAGCAGAGCAGACGCACUCAGUGAUACUCGGUGCACGAUGGAGGGAAAUAAGGGAUUACUGCGCUGUAAGAUAGUGGUGGUCGGCGAUACGGAGUGUGGGAAGACGGCUCUCCUCCACGUUUUUGCCAAAGACUCGUACCCAGAGAAUUAUGUUCCCACCGUGUUUGAGAAUUACACAGCCAGCUUCGAGAUCGAGAAACAGAGGAUCGAGCUCAACAUGUGGGACACUUCAGGUUCAACCUACUAUGACAACGUGCGUCCGUUAGCGUAUCCCGACUCAGACGCUGUCCUCAUCUGCUUCGACAUCAGCCGUCCAGAAACACUGGACAGCGUGCUCAAAAAGUGGCAGGGGGAGACGCAGGAGUUCUGUCCAAACGCCAAAGUGGUGCUGGUUGGCUGCAAGUUGGACAUGAGGACAGACCUCAAUGUCAUGAGAGAGCUUUCCAAACACAGACUCAUCCCCGUCACCCACGAACAGGGAACCACUUUGGCGAGGCAGAUUGGCGCAGUGGCCUACACAGAGUGCACCUCGAAGUAUUCAGAGAACAGCGUCCGUGAUGUUUUCCACGUAACCACCCUUGCCUCCGUGUCCCGUAUCAAUCAACCCCAGAUGAAGCGUGCUGGCACGCGCCUCGGACUCAAGCGGGUUUCCCAGCAGCCACCUCGGACUGAGAUUCUUGAGCAAACACCCGCCAUUAGAAAGGACCGGGCCAAAAGCUGCGUGCUCAUGUAGGACCAGAGUCUAACCAACAGACUGAAAACCAUGCCGCACAUGAACUUAAUUUAUUGGUGAAUUCUUGUCAGGUCUUUGCACUGCAUAAAGGACGAUGUGAUGAAAAGAAGAAACUAUUCUAUCCUGUGGAGUUCUUUGAGGAAAUGUUUGUCCAUCUUUAGCAAAACUUUCCUUGUUAUAUUUCUCAUUGGGGAUGGUCAUUGUUGUGGCAAAGCUAUUUAACGCUCUUUCUUU